AUGUCCAUACUCUUUACUACCGGGGCAACCGUUACUUUCCACAAACUCGUGGACUACGUGGUGGAUCCUCUGUUUCUUUCGCUGUUGCACAACAUUGGGUAUUCCAAGUUUGCUAUUCAGUUCGGGAACGAGGUGUCGCCGACCCAGCAUAUCAGCAAAAAGUACUUUUCAGACGCUAUCGCUUCCAAUCAGUUGAUGGAGAAACUCGACUUGUCCAUCCAGAACGAAUUCAACGAUAAACUGGUCACCCGCCUUGGCCUGCCGGAUUUGCUGAUAACUGUGUUCCCCUUUGCUCCUUCCAUUAAUGACUACAUUGCUGACGCUGACAUUGUCGUGUCUCACGCCGGAACUGGCUCCAUUUUAGACGUGCUCAGGCUUGGGAAGCCUUUGAUUGUCGUCACCAACCAGGACUUGAUGAACGACCACCAGGAAGAGGUGGCCGCCCAGUUCGAGAAGUUGGGCUACCUCUACCGUGUCAACACCCUGGAAAUGCUCCAGGGCAAGCUCCUUGAUCUCAUUACGCGCUUCAAGAAGGGCCUGCUACGUUUUUCCCAUAUGCUGGCUCCUCCAGACGGAGUCAUCGAACAAGUGCUUUCAGAAGAACUAGAGCGUGCCCGGAGGUGA